AAGAAUGGAACCAACACCAAUUUCUAAGAUGGCGCCGAAGUGAGCUGUAGCAAAACGGUGCUGGUGCAAAAUUCGAUCGUCGGAAGCUUGCAAGCGCUUCCACCGAGUGGUAAACAAUAAUACAAGCAAUCACCAAUGUGCCAGUGCGUUCGUUUUCGGUGAUUUCGUUCCGGGUGUCCACGUGCAUACGGUGAACAGUAACAUUGUUCGUCCGUGCAGCUUGGCUUUUGGGGUGUUAGAGCAGUGUGUGCAGAAAGUGGUUGCGAGUCAGCCUUGGUGUACCUCCGGGGCCAGGAAAGAAAAUGGCGUCGAUAGCCAAGUGUUGAGUGAAAAAAUUUUCUCAAGUGAAAUCAAAUCCGUUUUUUUCGACCCGAACGCUCACUUUCCGGCCCGAAAACGGUCGCAUUCGAUUCGCAACGUUGCCGUGCAUUUUUUCAGCUACAAUUCCAUAUGGUAGAAAUAUUUUUCCCCUACACCGCCGAAGAAAACCCUGCUAAAAAGCGUAAUGAGCCAGACAAAAGAGGAUAAAAGUGAUUCCGAAAAUGAAUCCAGCAGUGGCAGUAAAAGCGGUUCAUCCUCCGAUUCCGAGAGCGAAUCCGGGUCUGGCUCGUCAAGUUCAAGCUCCAGCGAUAACGAAACGUCCAACAAUGGGUUGAAUGUGUCGAACCGUGAUACGAGCGGUACAGCAUCGUCGACCACCAACAACACAUCCACCGGCAGUAGUGGCGUGCGUAACACGACGACAGAAAAUGGCCUUUCCGAAAGAAAAUCGAGUAUUAAUCGUCACGAAGAGGACGAGGAUGAUGAUGAGGACGUUUCGAAGGACGAUUCCGAUGCAUCGAUAGGGAACGAUCGGGAAACUGUUGGCGCUGGCGCUAACCAUAAUCGUUCGCAAAACAGUCGUGUACGCAGCCCGUCACACUCAGGUGCGGAUUCGGACGAUAGUGCAGGAGAUGGAGAAACCGAGACGGGGAACAAUGCAACCCACAAUCGUAACAGUGAUUCCGAUAACAGCGCAAGCAAACCCAGCAACAAUACCAGCCGUCAAAGUGACGACGAAGAAGAGGAUGAGGACGAUGACGAUGAUGACGAGGAGGAGGAAGAUGAUGACGAUGAUGAUGAGGACGACGAUAAUGAGACGGCAAGAAAGCAGCGGUUAGGUACUGCGGUCCCAACAGUUCCUGCCCAACCUCCUCCCGCAGACGACGACGAAGAUGACGAUGAGGAGGACGAGGACGAAGAGGAUGCUCAGCAGUCCUCGAAAAGCAGCUACGAUGACGAGGAUUAUGCAGCGAAUAAACUGAGGCGGAAAAGUGCCCGAAAGAAAGCGGUUGCCGCGGCACGGAAACGACCCGCAACCCAGCCAUCGUCGAAAGCAAAGAAGAAGAAAAGCUCCAACAGUCGAUGGAAGUCGGAGACAUCGGAAAGUGAUGGUAGUGAUGGCGAUUCGGAUGACUCGCGAGAGCAACGCUAUCGGCGGAAACCUCCGACCGUUAGUGCCGCUGGGAAGAAACGUUCCGCUGCGGCUACCAACGCCAAAUCGAAGGCCUCGUCCAAAAAGAAGAAAUCCAACGCUUACAGUUCAGAUGACGGUAGCAACAGCGAUGACGAAAGGAAGCGUUCGGCAGCUACAAGAAGGAAAAACAACACUGUAAGCUACAAGGAGGAGAGUGGCGAUGAGCCCACGGACAGCGAUGAUUUGUUGGAGGUAGACCAGGAAGCGGAAGAAGCAGCAGCCGCCUUGGCAGCCGAAGAAGAAAAGGCGGAAACGAUCGAACGCAUCAUUGGACGAAGGAAGGGUCGCCGUGGUGCAACGGGAGCCGUAACGACCGUCUAUGCCAUCGAGGAGAACGGUGAUCCGAACGAGGUGGGAGGUGAAGGAGUGGGCCGUGAGCUGGAGGAACAGUUUUUGAUCAAAUGGACCGGUUGGUCGUACCUGCACUGCACCUGGGAGUCGGAAGAAACGCUCCGAGAACAGAAGGUGAAAGGUAUGAAGAAGCUGGAAAACUACAUCAAGCGCGAACAGCAGCUGGAGCACUGGCGAAAGUACCAGGCCGGGCCAGAAGACAUCGAUUACUACGAGUGCCAACAGGAGCUGCAGCAGGAUCUGCUCAAAAGCUACUACAACGUGGAGCGAAUCAUCGCACAGGCGAACAAAUCCGAGGAAGGCGAUACGGGGCUAGAGUAUCUCUGCAAAUGGGAAUCCCUGCCAUAUUCCGACUCGACCUGGGAGGAUGCUGGGCUCAUACGGCGCAAAUGGCAGCAAAAGAUUGUGGAGUUUCACGAGCGCGAGGAAUCACGCCGGACGCCGUCGAAGCACUGCAAAGCGAUACGUUACCGACCAAACUUUAAGCACCUGAAAUCGCAACCGGAGUAUCUCGGCGAGGAGCGUGGACUGAAGCUGCGCGACUACCAGAUGGACGGUUUGAACUGGUUGAUACUCACGUGGUGCAAGGAUAACUCGGUAAUACUGGCCGACGAGAUGGGUUUGGGCAAAACGAUCCAGACGAUAUGCUUCCUGUACUAUCUGUUUAAGUCGCAGCAACUGUACGGACCGUUCCUGUGCGUGGUACCGCUCAGUACGAUGCCGGCCUGGCAGCGCGAGUUCGCCAUCUGGGCACCGGAGCUGAACGUGGUGACGUACCUGGGCGAUGUGCAGUCGCGUGAGAUUAUUCGCCAGUACGAAUGGUGCUACGAUAGCACGAAGAAGCUAAAGUUUAACGCGAUCCUUACGACGUACGAGAUACUGCUGAAGGAUAAAACGUUCCUCGGUUCGAUCGGAUGGGCAUCGCUGCUGGUGGAUGAAGCGCAUCGGCUGAAGAACGAUGAUUCACUGCUGUAUAAAGCGUUGAAAGAGUUCGACACAAAUCAUCGAUUGCUGAUUACCGGCACACCGUUGCAAAACUCGCUGAAGGAACUGUGGGCUCUGCUUCACUUCAUCAUGCCGGAGCGGUUCGAAUCGUGGGAUGAUUUCGAGCGAAACUACGGCAACACGACGAACGACAAGAGCUACACGAAGCUGCACAAAGAGCUUGAACCGUACAUUCUGCGGCGGGUGAAAAAGGACGUCGAGAAGAGUUUACCGGCGAAGGUGGAGCAAAUACUGCGUGUAGAAAUGACAUCGAUUCAACGGCAGUACUACAAGUGGAUUCUGUCGAAAAACUUUGAUGCGUUACGGAAAGGCAUGAAGGGUUCGGUUGGUACGUUCCUAAACAUUGUGAUCGAGCUGAAAAAGUGUUGUAAUCAUGCGGCUUUAACGCGCCCGAUGGAGUUUGAAACGCAACGAAACAAUCAGCAGAAUGUGGUGCAGCAACUGUUGAAAGGUUCGGGUAAGCUGGUGCUGCUCGAUAAGCUGCUGUGCCGGCUGAAGGAAACGGGCCACCGGGUGUUGAUCUUCUCGCAGAUGGUGCGCAUGCUGGAUAUUUUGGCCGAAUAUCUACAGAAGCGUCAUUUUUCUUUCCAACGGCUAGACGGUAGCAUCAAGGGGGAACUUCGGAAGCAAGCGCUGGACCAUUUUAAUGCCGAAGGUUCGACGGAUUUUUGCUUCCUGCUCUCAACACGUGCCGGUGGGUUGGGCAUCAAUCUUGCAACGGCUGACACGGUAAUCAUAUUCGACUCGGACUGGAACCCGCAGAACGAUCUGCAAGCGCAGGCCCGCGCUCAUCGGAUCGGACAGAAGAAUCAGGUUAACAUCUACCGUCUGGUGACGGCACACUCGGUCGAGGAAAACAUUGUGGAGCGUGCCAAACAGAAGAUGGUGUUGGAUCAUCUCGUAAUUCAGCGUAUGGACACAACCGGGCGCACCGUGCUGGACAAAAAUGGCGGCAGCAAUACGUCGAACCCGUUCAACAAGGACGAGCUGUCGGCAAUUUUAAAGUUUGGUGCCGAAGAGCUGUUUAAGGAGGAGGAUGACGCUGAUGAGGAGCUGGUGUGUGAUAUUGAUGAGAUUUUGCGCCGUGCAGAAACGCGCGAUGAAGCGCCGGGUAUGCCGGGUGACGAGCUGCUGUCAGCAUUUAACGUUACGACGUUCGAUUUCGACGAGGACAAGGUGGUGUCUGGUGCGAAACCAACAACCGGUGGUACAGGUGGUGUGGACCAGGACCAAGACACCAAGGACUGGGACGAAAUCAUUCCAAAGUCAUAUCGCGAGCUGGUAGAAGCGGAAGAGCGUGAUAGGGAAAUAAAGGAUCUUUAUCUGCCACCCCGACGGCCGGCGGUGAAGCAGGGCAACAACCAGCAUGGGGACAAUGAUGCGGAUGGGCAAAAGGGAGGGAAAGGCAAGAAGCGGAAAGGUGGCGACGACGAUAGUGAAGAGCUGGAAUCGGAUGGCGGCAGUGCUGGUGAGGAUGGCAAAACGAAACGAUCACGUGGCCGGCCUUCGAACAAGGAGAAAAUCAAUGGGUUCUCGGAUGCGGAGCUGAGACGAUUGAUUAAGAGCUACAAAAAGUUCCCGGCACCGUUGAAACGGCUCGAAGCGAUCGCCUGCGAUGCGGAGCUGCAGGAAAAACCACUGUCAGAUUUGCGUCGCGUGGCCCAACUGCUACACGAUCGUUGCCUACAGACGAUGCGUGAAAUUGCGAAAGAGAUCGAAGCGGAAGGAGGGGUGGGAAAGCACACACCGGCGGCUGUGGCGGACGCGAAGAAAAAGUGCGCCCGGGCGGCAUAUUCUAGCAAGAUCGGUGGUGCUUCGUUUAACGUGAAAACGAUGAUGCAGUGCGUGGAGGAGUUGCAGCCGCUGGACGAGGUUAUACCGAGCGAUGCUACCGAACGGGCUCGCUGGACACUUAACAUUAAAACGCGUCCGCCCAACUUUGACGUUGAUUGGAGCGGUGACGAUGAUUCGCGGUUGCUGCGCGGCAUUUACCAGUUCGGUAUCGGUUCCUGGGAGGCGAUGAAGAUGGAUCCAUCGCUCGGAUUAGCCGACAAGAUUUUGUCGAACGAUGCGAGCCGGAAGCCGCAGGGUAAGCAUCUACAAUCGCGCGCCGAAUAUCUGCUGAAGGUGCUGCGGAAGACGCUCGAAUUGAAGCGUGGUCCCUCGAAACCGCGCAAGCAACGGAAGCCUAAAGAGAUUAAAUCACUGUCCACGGCGACACCGGUUGUUGGAGCGAGUCCCAUGCGGGAUAUUGAUUCGUCGAUCAGCUGUUCCAUAUCGGCAACGAUCGCUGCGGUUGCGGCUGGCGAGGAUGUGGCUACGAGUGGAACUGGUGUAGGUAAUUCGUUGCCGGGUGGAACCGGAUCAGCGCCUUCGUCCGGUGCGAGUGGAACCAUUGGGUCGGCAAACGCAUCAGUGGUUGGUUCGACUGACGAGAAAAAGACUGGUAGCAAAAUUAAAAAACUGUCUGAAUCGGACCAUCAUCAUCAUCACAAUCAUCAUUACGAUGAGCAUUCGAACGGAUCCAGGGCGGCAGACGACCAUUCGAAUCACCAGCCGCAUGCGCAUGGAAAGGAACCGGACAAGAAGGAUAAGAAGAAAACGAAGAAAGAUAAGCAAAAGGACGCUAAAAAGGACAAAAAGAAUAAAAACACCGGUCCGAUGCACUUUACGGCUAACAACGAACCGUGUGCGCUUAACAUCCUGGGCGAUCUGGAUCCGACCGUGUUCAAUGAGUGCAAAGAGAAAAUGCGCCCGGUAAAGAAAGCGCUCAAGACACUCGACAAUCCGGACGAGUCGCUUUCGCAGGAAGAGCAACUGCGCCAAACGCGCGCCUGUCUGCUCAGCAUUGGCGAUCAGAUAAAUCUCUGCCUGGCCGACUAUCGGGAUCCGGAGAAGGCGAAGGAAUGGCGCAGCAAUCUGUGGUACUUCGUGUCCAAGUUUACCGAAUUCGAUGCGCGCAAGUUGUUUAAGUUGUACAAGCAUGCGCUGAAGCGUACGGAAAGCACGCAGAGCUCUGGUGGUGGAGACAACAGCACGACGAACGCCAACUCGUCGCCUGUCAAGGAAGGCAAAGCGUUAGGGGAAGGCGGCAAGAGCAAGAAAGCUGGAGGGAAAAAGGAUAACGGUCACAGUGAGGGUGCUGUACCGCCCGGGGACAGUGCGGAGGAUAAUAGGGAGGACGAUAAGGCAGGUGCUCGACGUGACCGGAAGGAGAAAAGGCGACAUCACCAUCAUCACCAUCAUCAUCAUGGCGCCGGUAUUGGUGGACCUAUUAUGAGCGAUUCGGCGUUACAGCAGCGCGAACGUUAUCAGCAGCAUCAGCAGUCAGCGGGUGGUGAUAAUAAUAGUCAUCACGUAUCGGAUCCGAAUGUUGCAACCGGUGCGAAGGACGAAAGCUCAACGGCGAUGCAUUCCAAACGGCGUCUGGAGGAGGGAGAGUACGAUGAAAAUAGCAAAGAGUACAAAAGACUGCACGGUGAUAGUCGUAAUCAUCGAGAUCGCGAUAAGAAGUGGGACGAUUAUGGUUCGGAUCGGGAUCGAAUGAGGAACGUUCCCUCAUCCAGAGGAAGUGCGCCGACUACACCACAAAGUAUGCGCGUGUUUCCGGACGAUCGGGGGCCACCUUAUCCGGGCGAUGGUGGUGUAUGGCGCGAUCGAUUCGGAUCUGAACAUAAACGGGAUCGAUACGAUGGUUACGGUGGUGGUGGUAGGCAUUCAUCGUCGGGCUACCAUCGCGAUCGGGACCGCGAGCGGGAUCGCGAUCGAGAACGUGAUCGUGAGCGUGAUCGGGAUCGGGAUCGCGAUCGGGAUCGUGACAGGGAUCGUGAUAGAGAUCGAGCUUACAAGGACAAGCGAAGAUACCCUCCAUCCGGCCCGGGAGGCUAUCCUGGCAGUCACGGGUAUGGUAUGUCCCCUUCCACCGGCUAUUAUCCUUCCGGCGAAAGUCCCUAUCGGUAUCCGAUGGGCAGUGGAGGCUAUCCUCCUGCUUCUUCUCGACCCGCCGGUGGUGGUGCACCACCUGUUGCUGUAGUGUUACCCUCCGUUGGUGGUGGCGUAGCUGGACCGGGCGCACCCGGUGUUGUACCACCAGCGGAUUAUCUCGACUAUCGGCGGCCAGAAUAUGAUCGGCGGCCCCCGCCAGCGGCAAACAAUUAACUCUUAACCAAACACCACUCAUUUUAACAGUGUGUUGGUCAACUCUUCGUUGCAAAAAGGUCAGGUACAAAGAGUGAUGUAAAUAUAGAGGUGAACAGGAUGCUAAAUGUUGGCUGUAAAGCAAGAAGCAUACAUAGGACUCUACAGUGCAGUGUACAUUUCAAUGUUCAGAGCGUUAGGGCGAACGAUUAUUAGAAGCAAUGGAGAGCCGGGACGGUGAAAAAAAUGUAUAGUGGAAUUCAGAUUUACAUUAAGACUAUUUUAAAUAAGAGUCCAGAAGCUAGUUUUUAGUGUAGGAGAAUUGGUCAAGGUUUAUCUCUGCGCAUGUAUUCUGCCUCGAGCAUGGUGAUAAGCAAGCACCAGAUGUGCGAGCGAUUGUACAUGUUUAUGUGUGCGUGCGUGAUUGUAAGUAAGUAGAUAGCAGUUAGUUGGACAGUACGGACACGUGUAAAUGAUUUUAAUUUGUAAUCAUUCAACCAUUACUACCCACCCCAUUGAUAAACAUCUCAACAAUGCGCAGAAACCGGUCGCUCGGUUCAAAACUCACAAAACCCCCACACCAACACAAUCCACACGCAUACAAUCGUGUUACCCGAUAAGGAUUAUUUAUUUUAUGUGAAGCCGUUAAUAAGCAAUAGAAUAAUCUAUUAGUACCUCUUUUUAUACGCCUAGAGAAUAUAGCCAUGAAACAAAUAUGAAUGAAAAUAUGUGGAAACCGGAAACUAUGGAAAAAGAACAACCUCUCUCUGUGUGUGUGUGUUAAUGGUGCGGUAUAUUCCGAUUCAUGUUUUUGUUUGUUUUUUGUUUGUUCCUCCAUACGUAAAUCACAUAUCGUGAAUCUAAACAACAUGGUACCAAAAUUGGAAAUCAAAGUUAUAAGCUAGCCGUACACAGUUGCCGUUCUAUUCUGACCGUAGUUUAAUCACUCACUUUCGUUUGCUGUAAAAGGGUUUAUCUUGUUUCCUUCGCCUUUACGCCUGUAGAAUCGCAGACACAAGUGGCUGCAAGUUUGUGUAGAUUUUUCUCAAACAUGAAAACAAAAACCACGGAAACACGGCUUCUGUACGACACGAAAUGAUUGUGAUUUUAUACUCUAAGUUUUAUAGUGCGUACGUAACAACUACACGGAUAAUGUUCAGAUUGUAAUGAAUGCACUUAUGGACCAUAGAAAGAUGGGGAUGGUAAUGAAACGGAUGGAAGACCUACGCUCAGGAUCUUUCCGCCGUUCGUGACACAAGCAAAUGUAAAUGAUAGGCGAGGAUGGGAGAGAAGGUAGAUUUAUAUUGUAAACACUUUUCUUCCAAAUCAUACUUAAUCGUACCAGAUCUGGAGGGAGCUUAAAACGGGCAGCAAACAGCAAGUUAUACGUAUAUAGGAACCGUGCUACUACCACUAGCAUCGGCCAUUUCAGGGGGCAUUCAGGAAAGGAUAGCAACAGCAUAGCAAUAGAUCACCUAGAAUAUGUACAGUUUAAAAAGGCUAUAUAAUUACCUAAUAUACACAUACCGUUUAAAGCCGGUUGGGGCGGAGAACGGGUAAGGCUUUAGAAAUAAAAAGGAUUAAACAUGUGAAGCAAUCCUUCUAAUAACGAAAUCUGAACAAACGGUUACAUUGACUAUACAAAUAAACAAAAGAACAAUAUUCUUGAAAUUGA